AUGGCCUCAGGCCUUCCAGGAGAAAGGCUGAGGGAGGAGGCUAGAUGCCCUGUGUGCCUGGACUUUCUGCAGGACCCUGUCAGCGUCAACUGUGGCCACAGCUUCUGCUUCAAGUGCAUUUCUGAGUUCUGCGAGAAGUCAGAUAGCGCCCAGGGCGGCAUCUAUGCCUGUCCCCAGUGCCGGAGCCCCUUUGGCCUGGAGAGCUUCCGUCCCAACCGACAGCUGGCCAGCCUGGUGGAAAGUGUGCGGCAACUCGGGCUGGGUGAGGGGCCGCCCGGCGGGUGCCUCUGCCUGCGUCAUGGCGAGGAGCUGAGCAGGUUCUGCGAAGAGGACCAGGUGGCGCUAUGUUGGAUCUGUGAUACCACCCCUGAGCACAGAAACCACUGCACGAGGCCCCUGCAGGAGGCUGCCCGGUGUUACCAGGUAAAGCUCCAAACAGCCCUGGGCCUAUUGAGGAAAGAAAUGGAGGAUGCCUUGACUCAGGAGGCCAAUGUGGGGAAGAAGACUAUCAUCUGGAAGGAGAAAGUGGAAAUGCGGAGACAGCGUUUCAGGUUAGAAUUUGAGAAGCAUCGAGGCUUCCUGGCUCAGGAGGAACAACUGCAACUGAGGCGAUUGGAGGAAGAGGAGAGAGCAACACUGCAGAGACUACGGGAAAGCAAGAACAGGCUGUCCCAGCAGAGCAAAGCCCUGAAGGGACUGACAGAGGAACUGGAGGAAAGAUGUCAGCGCCCAGCCUUGGGUCUGCUGGAGGGUGUGAGAGGAGCCUUGGGCAGAAGUAAAUCUAUUACACGGUUGGAACAAGAGACCAUCCCCAUGGAACUGAAGACAGUGUGUCACAUCCCUGGGAUGAGGGAAAUGCUAAGAAAAUUCCAAGUUGAUGUAAAGCUGGAUCCGGCCACAGCUCAUCCUAGUCUACUCUUGACUGCUGACCUACGCAGUGUGCAGGAUGGAGAACUGUGGAGAGAUGUCCCUAACAACCCUGAGCGUUUUGACACAUGGCCCUGUAUCCUUGGUUCACAGAACUUCUCAUCAGGGAGGCAUUACUGGGAGACUGUGGUGGGAGAAAAAGCGGAGUGGGGAUUAGGUGUCUGUCAAGAUACAGUGUCACGAAAGGGGGAAACCACACCAUCUCCAGAGAAUGGGGUGUGGGCCAUGUGGCUCCUGAAAGGAAAUGAGUACAUGGUCCUUGCCUCUCCAUCUGUUCCUGUUGUUCAAAUGGAGCGACCUCAUCGCGUUGGUAUUUUCUUGGACUAUGAAGCCGGUGAAAUCUCCUUUUACAAUGUCACAAAUUGGUCUUAUAUCUAUACAUUCAACCAACUCUUCUCUGGUGUUCUACGACCUUAUUUUUUCAUCUGUGAUACAAAUCCUCUUACCUUACCACCUAUCACAGAAGUGGAGUCAGAGGACUGGGCAUUCUCUGGUCAUCUAGACUCUGCUUCUAAUUUUAGAGAAGAUUAUUCCUAA